UUGACAACUCAGUUACAUUUUAUAGAAACAUUUCUAUAUUUUUUGUAAAUUUUAUUUUUCUAUUUUCUUUUUACUCAUGACUGAUACCCAAUUCGGAGUCCGUCAUGCUAUCGGCGCCCCCAUCGCUACGAAGAGGCUGGCUGAACAAAAUACAGUAUGUAUUCCACCGCGCGGCGCUAAAUUCACUAUAGAAGAAUGGAGGAUGAGCAACGAGCAACGCUGCAGGAACACAGAAGAUCAGCAGCAGCUCGCAGACAGGAUUAUGGGCGAGUCGGAGAGGAUCCGAGAGGAAACCGCAGAGCAAGCCGAAAUCAUGAAGGCAACCACAGACAGGCGAAUCGAAGAAAGAAUCGGUGAUGUCGAAUUCAUAAAGAAGGAACUAGAAAUACAAAGAAAAGAAAUAUGUCACGAACUGGAAGCUUUAAGUGUGUUCAGGACGAGGAUUCAAGACUGCUUGGCUUUUUUGCAAACCAAUGCUUUGGAGAUCUGUCGAAAAUGUCUUGUAUUGCGAGAAGGUAGGAUCGGAAUCGACUUAGUAGUUGAUGAUGUGGAAAAUGCUUUGCAACAAGAAAUAACAGCCAUUCUCGGUGGUCAGAGUUUGUUGAAACGAACUUUGGAACAAUUGAAUGAACAAAUGCGACGAUUGAGGUCUAUACGAUAUCUUCUUGACCGCGACCUACAAUACAAACAAGUAGCAAUAGAUUCUGAUAGAGGCUCGUUGUCAAUGAAGUCUACUGAUUUAUGUCUCUCUGUAUAUGAAGGGUAUGAGAAUUUAGAUCCUGCAAAUAUAUCUAUUGAUGAAUAUAACGCGGUGUCCAAUAAAAAUAUUAAACAGGCUGCUCGAGAAGUAACCAGUGCAAGACCGAUAAAAGUUUAUAUUGAGAUCGUAUUGAAUCAAGUGAUAGACGAUCUCCGGACGGCCUUCAAUAAAUGUAACCACGAAUUCAAUGAGCGUAUAAAGCAAACGAAAAGCGCUAAAGAGAAGCUCGAAGAUAUGCACAGAGAGACAACUGAAAAGAUAUCGAAUAUGCAACACAACAUAUUGCAAUUACAAAAAGCUUUAUCUGAUAAAGAGGGCAACAUUGGAUUAGCACAUACGAGACUUGGUAGACGUGCUCAAAGAAUUACCGCUGAAUUAGUUAAAGAUUCUGCUGGACAGUCAUUGUUUUAUGAAUGUGAAAUGUUGAGGUACAGUGUGGAAAAACUUCAGCAAAUGCUGCAGGAGACGACCGCUUCCCUUCGUUACUUGUUGCAGGCGCAAAUUCAAUUAGAAGAGGAUAUAAAUGUAAAGAUGAACACGUUGAAGAUCGAUGAAGUCGAUUGCAUGACCUUACGAGUCUCUAUGGGAUAUCAUGCUUACUAAUUUUAACACCUAUUAGUUUUGUUUACGCAAAAAGCAGUUGGAACGAGUUACUUUUUAUGCUUAUUUACUUAUUUUGUAAACUUUAAAUUUUAAUACGAUUUGUUUUAAUAAAUUUAUUAACGAAUA